AUGGUCUAUCUUUCCCAACCUCGAAACCCUCCUGUCUGGUUUGAGAAUGGAGGCGUGACAGCCCUUGUCAAACCUGGGGUAGCUUCCACCCUCCUUCCUGUCUCAGUUAGAAACUGGAAAAUGGAAAGCAAAGCUACGGGAAAGAGUGGAAUCAAGAGCCAUGAUCGAAAGAUAUGUAUUGCUUCUAUACUCUGGACUUGCAAUGUUCGCGGUAUCUACAGCGGCCUCACCUACACGGUUCCUGAGAAUCUCCACCCAGAGAUGAUCAACAGUGAGAAUUGUGCUGAGAUCUGCCAGUACCUGCCAGACUGCAAGUCAUCCGCCUUAGUUGAUGGACAAUGCAAUUUCACCGACGUAUUGAUCCGCAAGUCUGAUAUCACGACCUUGAACCGUUCAGAACCCAACCAGGGUUUCUGGAACGAACAAAGGUGUUUCCAGUGCAACGACUGCUCUUUGCCGCCAUUGUUCAAUCCGCCGGAAAUGACCCAUGCCCCAGAAGAAGUCUCUUCCACCAGUGCACCUGAGGAAACCAGGACCCGCAGUGCAGAGGCCACGCCUACGGAGACGAGAAACAUUGUCUGUGGUUACGUCGGUCAAUACACUGGUGGUGGCGGUCCUUAUGAGGCUGACCACACAGCCUUCCCCGACCAAAGCAGUCUGAAGGCGUGCAGACAGGCUUGCAAUGGUAUUCGAGACUGCAAGGCUGUUGCGUUUGUCACUUGGAACAAGUACCAAAACCCAGGUUACUGUCUCUUUGCAGAUAACCGCAUCACAUGGGAUACUCUGGUGUCUGAUGAUCAAGCUGUUUACAAGGCUGUCUGGGCCGAUCUUGAAUGUGACUUUGAUCUCAUCUCGGUUCCUGAGCUGUCUUUCCCUACGACAACUAUGGCUCCCGUUGACUCUCAACCUACCACACUGACUACACGGACCUCUCAGCAGCCUGAGACCACGACGACACCUGCCGGUGUCUGUCUCUUUAACCGUGGUCAAUCGUGCGAAAUGACCCCAAGCAAGUUGGAGUCUGGCACCUUUUGCGCUUAUGCUGCCAAGUUCAAUGGCAAUCAGUGGAAGGAAAGCCGCCAAGACUACCCGUACCAAGACACCUUGGAACAAUGCGCCGCUAUCUGCCAAACCAUGGACCAUUGCGAGUCCGCGGCAUACUGGCAGACGGAGAACCGCUGUCUUUUCACUGCGAAGAAGAUAGUUGAGUCUGAUUUCACCAUCACCCCUGAUCGUGACUUUGAGCACGCAACCUGGACACACAAGUCCUGCUGGACAUGCCCAUCCUGCCAAGCAACUCCCGCGCCCAUCACUCGCGCAGUAUCCUGUUCUUAUGAACAAGGCGACGUUUGCCAGCGUGUGACAUCGAACAUUGAUAGUGCUCUAUGCAACUACCAAGGUUUUUGGGAACUAGAGUGGAGAGAAUCUCUGGAGAAAUACCCUGACCAGAGCUCGCCUGCCAAGUGUGCUGCUAUCUGCCGUACGCGAGAUGAUUGCUUUGGGUCUGGAUACAAGGAUGGUAUAUGCAUGUUUUCGCCAAUCCGUCUGGAGCCUCAGAGAUUUAGAGAUUGGCCCGAUCACUCACGAGAUGGAGAUUGGGAUGACAUCUCUUGUUUCCAGUGUCCCAACUGUGCUUAG